ACCGUGUGAGAAGAGGAUAGCAUCACUGGCAACAGUCUCUUGGGCACAAGUCACCUCCUCAUCCAAAGCGCUUUUCACCAAAAUUGCUUCCCACAAUUCUCGACAAUACAUUGCCGCUGCCACUAGCCGUGUCGCAGUCCCAAAAGCGUGGGGAGAGAUCGGCCGUCAGCUGAUAGUGAUACCGAGCUUCUCCUAUUGCGCAGGGGAAGGGAAGAGACAUCCACCCUACCUAUGUAACCACGGCCGGGCUGGAUAACUCGACUUCUUUCCCACUCACAUACACAAAGCUGUGUGCCGUCAUUAGGGGCCGUCCCGUUCGCGAGCCAUCUGCGCUGGCGCCUUUGCGCUCUUUCUCCUCCCCAACAAGUCAAAGCGGCCGAGACCUUUGGCCUGGGUCUGAGUCUGGGCGACCAACCCGAGACCUGUGCGGGUAACAACUAACAAGGCAUCGCGGUGGUGGAGGGUGCGAGCUCACCGGUUGUGUAUCACCAAAACCCCCCCCGACUUCCAACACCGACGCUCUCCCUCUUUUUUCCCUACUUCUCCGACCUUCAAGACACCGUACUUUUUGCCUUCGCGCCCCGACGACACUCUUUUGAAAUCCGCCUUGCCUCCAACAACUGCUGCCAUCGUUUUACUCUGCGGCAUAUUGGGGCUUUCGCAACAUUGAAGCCGCCACCGGCAAAGCCAUUCCGAACUCAAUUCGCUCGUACAGAGCCCCUAGCCUGAUGUACCACCAGCCAUGAUCUCCGUCGCCUCUACGAUAUCAUGACUUUGUGCGCGCUACGACCGCCCAGACAAAGGCCUAUACAGUUCACAGCUCCGAGCAACAAUACUUCAUGCCAUUCGUCGCAGCCUCACACCUCUCUCUCGCGCCCCGGAUUGCCGUCGAACCCCUACUUUCCUCUCCCUCGAACCCCACCUCCGACAGGGACAAGACUCCGAAACCCGUCGCCGCUGUCGCCGCCGUAUCGCCGCAACGGCAAUCACGUAUCAUCCAUCCUAGACAUCCCACCGACGCGCGAUCCGCUCACCGCUAGAGCCUUGCUGCCACCCAAUAUCCGCGCACGGUGCGCUGCACCGAGCCAUGUCGACCACUCAAGCCAAUGCGGUGCCUGACACGCAACUGGGAUUGAGCUAUGAAGAAAUACAGCUGCUACGCCAGGGACAGGCUGCUCUGGGUCAGGGGGCCGGUGGAGGAGGUGGUGGUUCGAGCUCGUCGCGCGCAGCAAGCCGCGCAUCAAGUCAGGGACUGCUGCUGCUGGACAGCACCUCGUUGGCUGCACUAGGACGGUAUUUUGAUCGCGUCAUGGGCCAGAUCGAGCAGCAGAUCGUGUACCUCAGCGAGCAGAGCCAGAUGUUCACCAUGGCCCAGUUCGAUCGAGCCGGUAAUCUGAUUGAAGGAGCAGAUGCCGAAAUCCAACGGUACCACGAGCUUCUUCGCCAACUGGACGAAUUGGAACUCGACUUCGAUCGGAUAAGGCAUAUCAAAGAGAUUGUACGCGGUUAUAGAGCUCGCGUCGAGGAAAUGGAACGCGAGCUCGAACGGAGCGGCAGCGGUUCCUCGUCGAGGCAUCGGGAGGGCCACCAUUCGUCACAUCGCCACGGCCACUCUCACGGCCAUCGUCACGGUCACGAAAGCUCUCGCCGCCACCGACACUAAGCUUCCCAUCACUCGAGCUAUACACCUCUUGUUCCUCGACAAGAAAACACCAGCCACACACGCUAUACUUUUGCGGGCUUGCAUAGGGGGCGGUCGAAUGUCGAUGAAAAUCAGACCAAGCUCUCCUACUAUUCUGCGCCAGAAUGGGAGAUAUUGUUUACACGACGACCGCACAAUCACGAUAUGCUGGCAACGAGACAUGGGGGCGGACGCCUCUUCUAAAGCGGGAACACACAGCACCGCGGGAUAACGUGUCAAAUCAAGCCACGAUUAUGGCAGAGCUGUCUAUGCAUUAGGUUGUGUGAAAAGGAGGGGGUGGGGGGAUUGUCAGCAGUCUUAAGACGGAGGGCCUCGCGGCUGGACAAGACUGGAAUGCCUCACGGCUCGUCGUUUUGAUUUCUCAAGGCGUUGUUUGCUCUUCUCUUCACGACAUGACAUGGAUGCCUUGGUGUUUUAUGUCACAAAAGCUGCACUCUUGCCGGUCCUCGCAUGGAGGAGACGGCGCAGUCCCAUUGAGUUGGACAAAAAUACCCAUUUUCUUCAUUUGUUUACGAGAAAACAACACUCCAAGCCUCACGGCACAAUGUCUGUAUACGAUCUGUUUCGAACGGGUCCACUGGUCAAAUUGGAUUAUUUCCCUACAUCACGAGCUACGUAUCAAUUCUGGUUUCUAAACGAUUUGGGGAUCACCGGGGACAGCGUAGGACGGCGCACUCGAGGCUGAUGAGCCAUUUGCUAUUCUCACUUGUAUUUAAAAGCCAUAGUAAUCCGGAACUCCAAU